UAGUCAAAACACCCGCCAGUCGGAACAAGGGAACUAACGCUUAGCCCUGUGUAAGGGGACAUAACCUGUUGCAGUGAGUUGAACAUUGUCUAUGCGUCACUAGACAGUGAUCUAGUUGUUUUAGUUUGUGAAUACCGGAGUUUCUUGUGGGCGUAGAGGCUACGUUUUGUACAAUUUAUAUUCUUUAAAUCCCUGCAUUUAUUUAAUGUUUUUUUCACUGGAUUAAUCGUAAACAAGACACAUUUUAGCGUACCGAGGAAAUCCGAAGCAAACCCUGCUACGUCAAGUCAGAAACACAUGCAGCGAUAGAGUAAAAUACAGCCAUAGCCAACCAUAGCCAGCCAUAGCCAACCACAGCCAACCACAGCCAGCUAUAACCAGCUAUAGCCAGCCAUGUUGAGCCACCACUUCAACAGCAAGUCGGAGAUCGCGUCCUCGUCAGACGGCGUGGAUCUGUACAAGUCUUCCCUGGCAGACGUCGGUGACGUCACCUACGUUUGGAGGGACCAGCCCAAGAGUCUGAGCGAGAUCCUGCAGGAGGAGACGCUGCCCAUCAUCGUCAAGCUGUGUAGCGAGAAUGUAAUUAAAGAAAAGGAAAUACCAGUGGACUUAAAUCAACCUCUGAUACUGUACAAAGACACCAAGGGGAAGAAACUCCACGCGAGAAAUAUACGCGCUAGGACUGCCACAAGGGACACAACCCGGUUUAUUUACGACUUGAUUGGACCCCACGUGACUUUUUCGGAAACGUUUCCAGGUUUUUUCAAAGAACUGGACAGCAAGGACCAUUACCUGGUGGCUGUGACAGACCUCUCGAAUGUCAUGCCAAAGUCAUUUGUCAGUGUGGUAGAAUGUCAGGGGUACCUGUGUAUCAGCCAAUUAGCUGACAACCUGUACCAGAAGACAGUCCUCUCACCCGGGCUGUACCGGCCCAUUGAGAUCCUCCAGUCCAACAUCACCUACACCAACAAGCGCAAGUCCGAGAAGAAGAAACACGUCCACUGCCUCAGCUGCCACGACGAGAGAGGCAAGGUCGUCCUCUUCCCCAUCACCAACAAGGGCGUCUUCUAUCUGGGGGAGCUCAACCCCAACAAACCCCUCGGGGCGUUGAACCCCGCAUGCCGCGUCUACAAAUGGACAGGGUUCGAUCCCCAGCGCCUGAAAGGGCUGAGAGUGAAGAUGAUGCACGGUAAGCCGCCAGUACAGGAGUGCCAGUUCACGGGGUUGCUAGAGUUCUGUAGUGUGGUGGAGGAGCACACAGUCAUCGGCUCCACCAUCUCUUCCACCCCGCGUCUGUUUGAGCUGGCCGUGACGUCAGAGCCGUUCUUCAUCGUGGCCGCCAAUACGAAAGAGUUGCAGAUGGGAAGCGUGCAGCAGAAGUGCCUCAAGUUCGCGAGAAACGAGUGCGACACGUACAUGGAGACGGUCAAAGUGAAGAAGGAUUAUGGGAUAGACCAAGCUGAAGACCCUCCUUUAAACACGGACUAGAAUAGUCUUUUGUUACAUAAUCAGAUGUCAUAUUCGCAUAACUAGGGACCUUGUGUUCACAUUGUAUCUGCUACUAGAUGCAGCAUUUCUACACCACACUGAAAGAUAUAUUUCAGAACUGUUGCUUUCAUCGGCAGAAAACUACAUUCACUGUAAUUUUAUAUUUAUAUAUCUUUGCUUAUACCUCAAUAGUAAACUUGUUUAUCUAGUGAAAAUUGUCUCUGUUACAGUUAGUUACACCAAAUUACAGUUAGUCACACAAAGUUACAGUUAGGUAGUCUAAGUUACAAAUAGCCACACAAAGUUAUAGUUAACCAUUAAAAGAUCCUAGUAUGACCCG